AUGAAUAUCCUACUACUCUUCUUAUCCCUUUCGCUCUUGCCGCACACACGCGCCGUCGCAGUUUGGAAUUGGCUCUUCCUCAUCUUCCCACACACCACCACCGCCGUCUCCGGCCCGCAGCCAUAUUAUCAUACGGGUACUAUCAGCCCUAGCGCCCUUUCUACUAUUCCUCGCCUCUCCCGCAAUCUCGCCUCAAUAAUCUCAAACACUUCCGCCGGCAUGGCCACUUUCCACACCACGCUCGCUACCUUUAAUACACCACUCACCUACGCCUCCCACAACUGCCCAGACGGGCCUGGAAUAUGUUAUUUUCCUGAACUCUCCGAUCUCGCGCCGUUCAUCGCACGGGUUGCCGCAUCUACUGGCGAGCGCUACGACGGCGUAGUUACCAUAAACCAGGCCGCCAAUGACGGGGAUGGAAGGUGGCUCGGCGGGAAUGUGAGAGCCGCGUGUGGAUACAGCGAGGGGCAGGUCGAGGGGGACGUAUUUGGCGACACUGGAUUUGGGCACUGCUGGAUUCCGAUGCCUGGUGGGGACGAGGGGUUUAGAAAGUUUGAUGAGGUUUUUAUUCAUGAGAUGGGCCAUGCCGUUGAUAUGUUCUACCAGCGCCAUGGGCCCGAGGAGUGUCAGCGACGCAUUCCGCCGGAGGGGCAUCAUAUAUUAGAUCAAGUAGACAAGGCGCAGAAUACGUAUAAACGCUGGGAGGGCCAGGAAAGCGGAUAUUUCACGGGGACCCGCCCAGACGAAAGAAUCCCGGAGGGAUCGGGCAUAUCGGAGAGCUGUUGGAGGCAUGGUUCGCCGACGAGAGACUAUGAUUUUGGUGAGGUGAGAGGGAGUGUAAGGAGCUGGCCGGGAGAAACCCCGGAAAGCCCGCCGGCGGCGGAUGGAAGUGGGAGGUUAAACGAGGAGUUUGUGGAUGUAAAGAUAGGUGGGAAGGAUUGGUGUGGCUUUGACGGGAUACAACAGUCGAGUCGGUAG